ACCAAGAUGACUUUCUACGAUGACAUUUACCCAUUCUACCCGCUACAAAGGACUGCCUUCAUCUUCAGCGGCCGCUUGCUCACCAUUAUCCUGGUCUUCCUUGUGCUCGCAGUCAGUCUUCUCCUCAUUCUGCCGGGGAUCCGCGGGAAGUCGCGGCUCUUCUGGAUGUUCAGAAUCCUCACCAGCCUGUUCAUAGGUGUGGUAAUAGUGGCGCUCAACUUCACUAGCGACUGGGCCGAGGGCCGAGUGACCACAAACGCCACCUACAAGUCUUUCAGCGACGCCGUGGUCAACGUUGACAUCGGCCUGCACGUCGGACUGUACGGCAUUAAUGUCACACUCAGAGGGAAUCCUGUUGUACAGCUCAACGAAACCAUUAACUACAAUGAGAUGUUCAGCUGGCAGGACAGUAUUGAGAAAGACUAUGAGGAAGCUCUGGAGAGAGGAUUACCCAACCCCAUCCUGUAUAUCGCCGAGAAGUUCACGAUGCACAGCCCAUGCGGUCUCAUCUUCCAAUACCGAUUCUCCGGCCGAUAUGCUUCCGCGACUCUCUGGACAGCCUUCUGCUGCUGGAUGCUCACAAACAUCCUCUUCUCGAUGCCGGUCAUCCUGUACGCCGGGUACAUGAUGCUGGCCACCGCCGCCUUCGUCUUCUUCUCCAUGGCCUCCUUCUCCACCGCCAUGAACGCGCCUCAGUGCGUUUUCUCGCUUGGAUCGGACUCCUUUGUGACGGCGUACAGCCACUCCUUCUGGCUGGCUCUAGCUACAGGUCUGCUGUGCGCCGUAAUUGGGAGUCUUGUGGUGCUGCUGAACUUCCUGAUACCGGAGAAGAUGAAGGAGGCGUUCAGCGUCGGAGUGGACAGCGAUGAAAAUGACAGAUACUCUUACGGGAACGGCUACGUGAAUUCAGUCUUCGUUGACGGAGUGAUUAUUUACCCAAUGACAUCCAAAUUUUCAGCGGCUCAUAUAUGAAGAUGUCUGCAUUCCCCUCAGGGAGCUUUCCCAACUUAUACUUGAAGAUGUUUCUUACUGAAUGUGUUUUACUGUGUUCAUUUUAUGUCAUAAGUCAGCUGUA